AUGAAUGUCUCCCUCCCGCCGUGCGACGUGACGUCUCUGAAUGAGUGCGCCAGCCAAUGCCAGGCCGUGUACAACGACACGAGCAAGUAUCCCGCCGUGCAAACCGGCAGUGGCAGCCUUGAAAAAAGCGACUGUACUUGCUCGGCCUGGGUGCGCAAAACGGCUGACCCAUCGGGGGUAGUGAUGCCGUGUUGUGACACUGCAUUCACGUGUGCAUCAACGACGCCAGCGACGACAACGACGACAACGGCAAGAUCGCUUGUGCUAUGCACCUCGCUGGCAAACCCCCUAGAUGCCUGCAAAGAAGCAUGCCUGGCUGAACAUAAUAUGGAUAGCAGCCUGAUGAAGACAGGGCGAAGAGGGUACUAUGACAAGCCGCGAGCGUGGGAGGAUGCCCGGCGAUUCGAACGAGGUUACCAGGCAUUGGACUGA